AUGUUAUUACCCUCUGUGCCAGGCUGUCAGAUCUGUCUCAUACACUGCGCCAGGCUGUCAGAUCUGUUAUUACCCUCUGCCAGGCUGUCAGAUCUGUCUCAUACAAUGCGCCAGGCUGUCAGAUCUGUCUUAUACACUGCGCCAGGCUGUCAGAUAUGUUAUAAUACACUGCGCCAGGCUGUCAGAUCUGUUAUUACCCUCUGCCAGGCUGUCAGAUAUGUUAUUACCCUCUGCGCCAGGCUGUCAGACCUGUCUUAUACACUGCGCCAGGCUUUCCGAUCUGUUGUUACCCUCUGUGCCAGGCUGUCAGAUAAGUUAUAA